AUGAUGAUGACGUGCCGUCUGCUGUGCGCCCUGUUGGUGCUCGCCCUGUGCUGCUGCCCGUCCGUGUGCGUGACAGUGACUGCUGACGCGGGACAGGAUGUACCCAGUGUUCAGACGACACCGCUACAGCAGCCAGUUCUGGGGGCCAGUUCUUCAAAUCCACAAACCCCUACAGUCUUGGUUACGGAUAGUGCCGGUGCGGCAGCUCAAGCAGGUUUGGUUGUUGCGGGAGGGGGAUCAGGUAAGAGGACCGAUACCGGAAAAGAGACAGGUGGAGUGGCCGGUACGCCAGAGAUUGCGGGGAACAGUGCGGAACAUCCACGAAGUGAGAAAGAAAAAUCACAAGGAACAAGUUCCGGGAGCGCUACGGUACAAAAUCGAGAUGAGAAAGACACGCCGGGGUUAAAAAACUCGGGCGGUGGGGAACAGACAUCAGGCAGGACGGGCGAUUCCGGAAAAGGGACAGAUCUUGGACCCGCUCUGCCAGACGGUUCAGAUACAACAAGUCUGGAGCUUGGUACAAAACAGGAACCAAGUGGGUCAGGUGAGUCAGGGGGUUCAGGUGGGUCCGCUAACCCAGUGGCACAAAUUGGGACGGUCGGUUCGGUGUCGUCACAAAUUCAGAAGGAAAAUGCACCAAGUACUACGACCACCACGACAACCACUGCGCCAGAGGCGCCAAGCACUACGACUACAACCACCACGACGACCACUGCGCCAGAGGCGCCAAGCACUACGACUACAACCACUACGACGACCACCCGCGCACCGUCACGUCUGCGCAAAAUCGACGGCAGUUUCAGCAGCUCUGCGUGGGUGUGUGCCCCGCUGCUGCUCGCCGUAUCCGCGCUGGCGUACACCGCUGUGGGCUGA